GUUAGUACAUCUCUAACGUUUUCCAGGAAAGUUUCCAAAAAUGUUUCUCAUUGGUGAAGUAAAUUUUGCAAGUGUUUUAACAAUUCUUUCGCUGGUGAUCCUGUUGGGAUACCUUCAUGUGAAACGGUCGUAUUCUUACUGGGAAAAAAGGAAUGUCAAGAGUUUAAAGCCAACAUUUCCUCUUGGAAAUUUCGGAUCUAUGUUAAAACUAUCGCUUGGUGAUUUUUGUGAUCUUGUGUAUAAAUCUGUUGAUGCACCAAUGGUUGGAAUCUAUGCAGUAACUCGACCUGUUUUGUUAAUUCGCGAUCCUGAACUCUGUCGUCGAAUUUUGAUUAAGGACUUUCAGUAUUUUCACGAUCGUGGAAUAUAUCACAAUCCAGAAGCUGAUCCUCUGUCGGCUCAUCUGGUUGCACUAAAUGGUGACAGCUGGAGGAAUUUGCGUAACAAACUUUCGCCUGCUUUUGCAACGGGGAAGCUUAGGGGAAUGUUUAAGAGCAUCGUUGAUACCAAUGCCAACCUGGAAGCCUUUCUUAUGAAGGAGGCUGACAAAGGAAAUGAAAUUUGUAUGUUUGAUCUUAUGGGACGACAUAUGACAAAUGUUAUAGCCUCUGCUAUUUUCGGAUUCGAUGUGGACUGCAUUGCCAAUCCCGAUGCUCCUAUUCGGGAAGCUGGAAAGAGAUUUUUCAAACCAUCAGGAAUGAAUGGCUUUCGCUUAGCUAUGAGUUUCUUCCUGCCAACGGUGUCUCAGUGGAUUAGGCUCAAGACAACGGAUUCAAAGUACGAAGAAAUAAUGAUGACACUGGUAAAGCAGAUAGUGGAAGAUCGGGAGAUGACCAAUACUGAGCAUAAAGAUUUCAUGCAACUGUUGAUGCAGCUUAGGAACUCUGGACAAAUCAAUGAGGAAGAUGAUUGGACUUUCAAAACCAAUACAGAUAAGUCUACGAAGAUGUCACUUAAGGAAGUUACUGCACAAGUUCACUUGUUCUACAUAGCUGGUUACGAUACAACUGCUCUCACUAUUGCAUAUUGCCUUUUUGAAUUGGCUAAAAAACCUCAUCUGCAGACAAAGAUUCAACAAGAAAUGGCUGAUUGUUUGAAGCGUCAUGAUGGAAAAAUUACAUACGAGAGCGUUGCCGAUAUGAAAUACUUAGAUUGCUGCAUCUACGAGAUAUUGCGCUUGUACAGUCUCGUAAUUAUUCUUAAGCGAGAAUGUACGAUGGACUAUAAAGUUCCUAACACGGAUUCUGUUAUUGAGAAGGGUACUCCUAUCAUGAUUCCAACUGUUAGUAUCCAUCAUGACCCGAAAUACUAUCCCAAUCCUAAGGAAUUCAGACCGGAAAGAUUUGAGAUGAAAACUUCAAGUGACCAGAGUGGAAUGUACUUGCCAUUUGGUUUGGGCCCAAAGCAAUGUAUCGCCAUGAAUAUGGGACGAAUAAUAUCCAAAAUCGGAUUGGUAUCCAUCUUAACUAACUUCAAUGUCUACCUUGGAAAGGAUUUGGAGAAAAACAGUAAUUUGGGUUUUAUUCCAAACUCAAUAAUGAGGAUUCCAAUUGGAGGUCUUAAGUUGAAGAUCUCCCGAAGAGAGCCACAAGAAAACUGAGAAAUCCAUUAAAUGCCCUAAAUUGAAACAUCAAGAAAAUAAAUGUUGAAAAGGCAUAGUCUUUUGUUAGAUUUUAUUGGUCUCUUCCCAAGUAACAUUUAUUUUCCUUGUAGUACUUUAUUCGAACUUUUUUCAUAGGAACGAAUAAAAUUCUUCAUAAAUC